UACUGUGUACGAAAAGCCAUUAUGAAGGUACCUUGGAGCAGAUUAAUCCGGUUUCAAGCCGCAGAUGGUCGAGUUCUGCGAGGAGAACCCGUCCUUCCUCGACCAAACCUCGACUUGGGCCUUAUAACGGAAGCCGAUAAUAUCCAAGCAAGGGUUAUAACGGGAGAUGAUCCCUAUGACACAACCGGAGCAACAAGAGUCACCGAAGAACUGGUGACAGUCAAGCGAAUUCUCUGCCCUCUCACGGCAAAAGAUGUCCCGAUCCUCCGCUGUGUGGGUUUGAACUAUCUCAAGCACAUCCAACAAGCAGGAAGAGCACCGCCUCCAUUCCCGUCCAUAUUUUUCAAGCCCACCGCUACCAUCGUUGGUCCCGAUGACAGGGUUGUUAUUCCAAAGAUCUGCCAGGACGAUCAAGCUGAUUAUGAAGGAGAGUUGACGAUCGUCAUUGGAAAGGAUGCCAAAGAUGUUUCUCAAGAAGAUGCUCUGGACUAUGUGGCAGCUUAUACUGUUGGGAAUGAUAUUUCCUCCCGCAAAUUGCAGCGCGAUCCAAACUAUGCGGGCAGACUUCUUGACCUUUACACAGUGAGAUUAGUCUCCAGCGCUUUGGUAAGAGAACCAAGAAACCUACAUCUCAAAACGACGAUAGAUGGCCAAGUCAGACAAGAUGAGUCUGUGUCAGACUUGUUGUUCGACUGCAAAUAUCUCAUCUCUUACCUAUCCCAAGGCACUACUCUUGAAAAAGGCAGUGUCAUUAUGACUGGCACCCCUGGUGGUGUCGGUGGUGAUAUGAAGCCUCCGAGCUGGCUGCGACCUGGGACCCGGAUGGAAGUGCAUAUUUCUGAAAUUGGGACAUUAAGAAAUGAAGUGGCUUACGCAUAA